AUGCAUCCGAGGGAUUCACUAACAUUCAGUCGCAAAGCUGCCGUUGUUUGCCGGCUUGAGUGUGAUUCCAGCGAAUUCGGCUAUGUCGGGGAAAACAGAAAAGAAGUUGAGACGAAGAUGCACGAAUUCUGGCUUGCUGCCAGACACUCAGGUGAGUUGGCCCUAAUUACCUAUAAUUCAACUUUUGCGCACAAGGCUUCGCUGUCAACAGUGAGGUGGUUCUAACCAAUCAAAAGACUGAAGGUCAUGUCAAGGGCAGAAAUCGUAGCAUUCAACCGAAGACUCAGAUGACAGACAUGCGAUCUGCCACCGCCUUUACAAGCACCACAAGAACAGAACAAUGA